AUGAUGAUGAUGAAGGUGAGGAUGAUGAUGAUGAUGAGGAUGAUGAGGGUCUCAGCCGAUGGUGAGGCCGAAGCCGCAGUGGAAUUUCUCCUUCCGGUGGUUGAUGAGGAUGAUGAAGGUGAGGAUGAUGAAGGUCUCAGCCGAUGGUGAGGCCGAAGCCGCAGUGGAAUUUCUCCUUCCGGUGGUUGAUGAGGAUGAUGAGGAUGAUGAAGGUGAUGAUGAUGAAGGUGAGGAUGAUGAUGAGGAUGAUGAAGGUGAGGAUGAUGAUGAUGAGGAUGAUGAGGAUGAUGAGGGUCUCAGCCGAUGGUGAGGCCGAAGCCGCAGUGGAAUUUCUCCUUCCGGUGGUUGAUGAGGAUGAUGAGGAUGAUGAAGGUCAGGAUGAUGAUGAUGAGGAUGAUGAUGAUGAUGAUGAUGAGGAUGAUGAGGGUCUCAGCCGAUGGUGAGGCCGAAGCCGCAGUGGAAUUUCUCCUUCCGGUGGUUGAUGAGGAUGAUGAGGAUGAUGAAGGUGAUGAAGAUGAAGGUGAGGAUGAUGAUGAUGAUGAUGAAGGUCAGGAUGAUGAUGAGGAUGAUGAUGAGGAUGAUGAAGGUGAGGAUGAUGAUGAAGGUGAGGAUGAUGAUGAUGAUGAUGAAGGUCUCAGCCGAUGGUGAGGCCGAAGCCGCAGUGGAAUUUCUCCUUCCGGUGGUUGAUGAUGAUGAUGAGGAUGAUGAUGAUGAUGAAGGUGAGGAUGAUGAAGAUGAUGAUGAUGAUGAGGAUGAUGAUGAUGAUGAGGGUCUCAGCCGAUGGUGAGGCCGAAGCCGCAGUGGAAUUUCUCCUUCCGGUGGUUGAUGAA